AUGGGGGCAAACUGUGGUGUUCAAGAACAGCCUCUCAAUUGGAGUAAAAGGUUAAAGAUAUUAGAGGGGAUUGCUAAGGCCUUAGAGUUUUUGCAUUCAGAUGAUAUAAUAUUUAGAGAUCUGAAACCCGCUAACAUUCUUCUUGGGGAAGAGUUUCAUCCGAAGUUAGCAGAUUUUGGCCUCGUGAAGUUUGGUUCUUCUGUCGAGGGUGAUCAAUAUAAUUCUAAACCCAAAGGAACGGCAGGUUAUCUAGACCAUUGGUACUGUGCUGAUGGCAUGUGCAGCCCUAAAGUGGAUGUUUACGCUUUUGGGGUGCUCUUGUUUGAGUUAAUGACCGGGCGGAAAGCACUUGAGAACCAUUAUAGUAACAUUGUGAAUGUGGUCCAACCUUGGUUAUCAGCAAAUCGUCAUCAUAAGCUAGUUGACCCUCUUAUGAGAGGAGCUCCAAUGGGUGCAGCUCGAGAUGUUCUACAUUUGGCACACAGGUGUAUAUCUGCCCCUGAUGAUAGACCCUCCAUGGCAGAAAUUGUUGUUUUUCUUUCUCAACUUUCUACACGUCGCACGGCCAUUACCAGUGACAAUAAGAAACUCCCACAAAUUUUUGACCUUCCGAUGAAGGACCAUAUUCGUAUCGUGGACUUGUCCAAGCUCUCAAUCUUGAGAGAUGCUAACAAAAGACCUCGUUCAACAGAAGUUGCGACUACUCUUUCAAAUUUAGUCUCCCAAGAAGAAACAUGGUUACAUGGGGUACAUGAAGGCGACGUUUUGACUCGUCAAUCAUGGUGCAUAGAGAAUCUGAAACUUCGGGGAAUUAUGGGAGUUGAAAUUGACAGCACAAAUAUAUUAAUUGCAAUGCUUUGGAAAUCAUGCGACUGCAGCCGGUAA